AUGGAGGACAUACUGUCAAGCAGAUUACAGGAAAGAGACGUUAUUGAGAAGAACUUUGCUGAGUUGUUUGAGACAGCCUCAGCGUUACCAGCAGCACACGGACCUGAAGAGUCUGCGGAUCCACUCACAGUACUGCGAAAAGAACUUGCGCAUCGUGAAAGACAGAUUGAAGAGCUAUUAGGGACAUUGAAGUUAAAAAACAAGGAUACAGAGCGCUUGAAUGACGAGAUCAUCACUCUAAACAUAGAAAACAAUCUGCUGCACGACCGUUACGACAAAAUCAAGGUGGAACACGACGAAAUCGUGGCAAGAUGGCUGAAAAAGGCUCAGCUGGAGGCCGACACUAUGAAUGAGUCUCUAGUGUAG